GAAAUGGCGGCGCGGGAGGCGGCGAGCUCCAGCCCUGUGGUGCGGCAGAUAGACAAGCAGUUUCUGGUCUGCAGCAUCUGUUUGGAUCACUACCGCAGCCCUAAAGUGCUGCCCUGUCUGCACACCUUCUGUGAAAGCUGUCUUCAGAACUACAUCCCUCCAGAGUCCCUGACGCUCUCGUGUCCCGUCUGUCCACAGACUUCCAUUCUGCCCGAACAAGGAGUGGGCGCUCUUCAGAACAACUUCUUCAUCACCAGCCUCAUGGAGGUCCUGCAGCGAGAGCCCCAGUGCUCGCGAGCGGAGGCCUGCAGUCUUCUGGGGUCAGUCAGCGCCGGCGCUGCAGGGAAACCUCUCUGCUGCCCAAAUCACCAGGGCAAGGUGAUGGAGUUCUACUGCGAGUCCUGCGAGACCGCCAUGUGCGCGGACUGCACCGAGGGCGAGCACGGCGAGCACCUGACUGUUCCUCUGCGGGACGUCGUGGAGCAGCAGAAGGCGGCGCUGAAGACACAGCUGGAGGCCAUUCACAGCAGACUCCCGCAGCUGAGCGCAGCCAUCCAGCUGGUGAGGGGGAAGAAUGACGCCGUGUCGGAAAUCAGCAGAAGCUUCGAGGAGCUGGAGCGGGCUCUGCAUCAGCGGAAGAGCGCUCUGGUCAUGGACCUGGAGAGCAUCUGCAGCAGCAAGCAGCGGGUGAGUGGCGGCUGGAGUGCGGGCGGGCCCAGGUGACUCUCCCUCCAGGCGCAGCUCUCCUCGCUCCUGCAGGGCCGGGAGCACAUCCACAGCAGCUGCAGCUUCACCCAGCAGGCGCUCAGCCACGGAAGUGCCACCGAGGUGCUGCUGGUUCAGAAACAGAUGAGCGAGCGGGUCACGGCGCUGGCGAGACACGACUUUCCGGAGAGACCGCAGCAGAACGCUCAGCUCACCUGCCAGGUGGAGAGCGAAGGUCUGCGUCGGUCCAUCCAGAACCUCGGCGUGCUCCUCACCACCGCGGCGGUGGCUCACACGUCCGUCGCCACUGGGGAGGGCCUUCGCCACGCCGUCACUGGGCAGCACCACACCAUCACCGUCACCACAAAGGACAAAGACGGGGAGUUGGUGCGCACAGGCAACGCCGUCCUGCAGGCCGACAUCACUUCUGCGGACGGAGGCCGAGCGGCAGAGCCUGAAAUCACCGACAACAAAAACGGCACUUACGAGGUGAGCUACACGCUGCGGGCAGAGGGAGAGUACUCCUUCUCUCUGACGCUGUACGGCCAAGCCAUCCGAGGAAGCCCCUUCCGCCUGCGGGCCCUCAAGCCGUCGGACGUCCCCCAGUCACCGGACGUCGUGAAGCGGAGGGUGAAGUCUCCCAGCGGCACCGGGGGACACGUCCGGCUGAAGGCCGUGCGGCGGCCCUCCAGCAUGUACAGCGCCACCAAGAAGAAGGAGAACCCCAUUGAGGACGAGCUCAUCUACAGAGUGGGUUGCCGUGGCAGAGAGAAGGGGGAGUUCACCAACCUGCAGGACAUCUCGGCGUCCAGCAGUGGCCGGGUGGUGGUGGCCGACAGCAACAACCAGGGCAUCCAGGUCUUCUCCAACGACGGCCAGUUCAAGAUGCGCUUCGGAGUCAGGGGCCGGACGCCGGGGCAGCUCCAGAGGCCCACUGGCGUCACAGUGGACUUGAACGGGGACGUGGUGGUGGCCGACUACGACAACCGCUGGGUCAGCAUCUUCUCCUCUGAGGGGAAGUUCAAGAAUAAGAUCGGCGCCGGACGGCUCAUGGGUCCGAAGGGCGUGGCGGUGGACAAGAACGGACACAUCAUCGUCGUGGACAACAAAGCCUGCUGUGUCUUCAUCUUCCAGUCCAACGGGAAGCUGGUGACCAAGUUUGGGGGCAGAGGAACAUCUGACCGUCAGUUGGCAGACAAACUCGGCCCAAACUAUAAUAAAUCUGGCUCCGUUUUCAGCCCCCACUUUGUUGCCGUGAACAACAAGAACGAAAUUAUCGUGACCGACUUCCACAAUCACUCAGUCAAGGUUUACAACGCAGACGGCGAGCUUCUGUUCAAGUUCGGCUCUCACGGCGAAGGCAACGGUCAGUUCAACGCCCCCACUGGCGUGGCAGUGGACGCCAACGGCAACAUCAUCGUGGCGGACUGGGGCAACAGCAGGAUGCAGGUGUUCGACAGCAGCGGCUCCUUCCUGUCCUACAUCAACACGUCAGCCGACCCGCUCUACGGGCCGCAGGGACUCGCACUCACGUCCGACGGACACGUGGCAGACUCAGGGAACCACUGUUUCAAGGUUUACAGAUACCUGCAGUAGAAGCUCGCCAAGUCCAGGUGUUUCUCCAGCCCAGAGGAAGGCUCGCCGCCGCUCAUCAUCCCCUCUGGCGUCUCCUGGACCGCUUCAUCCCUCACACACUCUGGACAUCAGCUGGUGGUCCAUGCUCAGCUGCGGUGGCAGUGCCAUGGAGAAACGCUUCCUUCAGCACGUGCAUCACAUGAGUGGCGGGCGGGUUUCUUCCCGCUCGGCUGCUUGCCAAAGACUGUCAUCCAUAAGCCCAACAGGAUCAUGAAAAGCAGCCAGCCUGGUACCAACACGAGCCACGGCGCCUCACCUGUGGACUGUGUGUGGCACUAUGGUCAACACUGACUGGGAUGAGAAUGACCGGUCGUUUCUUGAGUUUACCAUGUUUUUCUGCUGAAACAUCCGCCUCAGGCUGUGUGAUGGAAGUGACGGGACACUGAGCAGCUUCUGGUGAGUGGGUUUCCCGGGCGACACGCUCUCUGCACUGUUUGCUACUCACACAUCCCUCAGUCUGCGUUCUGGUUUUGAUUUGUUCAGUCUCUGCGUGAGGUCCUUGGGCGGAGCCACACUUUCACAUGUCACAUGACUCGCAGCCCCCAGUCAGUCAGAAUCUCUGGCCCCGGCCAGCUACAUGAGUGUCAAUAUUAAAGGAUCUGAUCUGUGGAGCUUUGUUGUUCCGCUCAUGCUCCAUCCCGAGCCCGAGGUUCCAAGGUCACCUCAUGAGUGUUCGGCUUCAAGGCCGCGGCUGCUUUCUGAAGCGACCCAUCCUGACCCAGUGAUGAGGGCAGCAGGGGGCGCCAACA